AUGCGGUCUAGCGUGUGCUACGGUGAGGCAUGGAGACACACCCUGCCAGAUUAUGCAGAUCCAGAUUCUUUCCGCAAGAUUAUCUCUGAAGCUCCAUACUUCCAUCGCUGGUCUUUUGCCAUCUAUUUUCCAUCUCACUUGAGUCCGGCGCAGGAAGAAGGUAGCUUCGGGGGAAUGAUCACAAGAUGUGGUGUGCAAUAUCUGCUACACCGCAUCGGUGACCUACCAGUCUGGCAGAAGGCCAAAUAUCCGAGCUUGUCCCCAUCUCUUUUGAGCAAGCGUUGUAGUUUCAGCACCUUUGGCGCACGUCAUAAUGUUGGCUCGCGAAUACGCAAUAUCGGUAUCAUUGCUCACAUCGAUGCCGGCAAGACGACCACCACUGAGCGAAUGCUCUUCUACAGUGGUCACACACGCAGAAUCGGCGAUGUGGACGAAGGCUCGACGGUGACCGAUUUUCUUCCGGCCGAGAGAGCCAGGGGUAUCACGAUCCAGUCAGCUGCCAUCACCUUCGACUGGCCACCUCCGCAAGACCUGGCCAGUGGACAUCCCUUGGACAGUAGCAGACCGGUCCACCACAUCAACUUGAUUGAUACGCCAGGGCAUGCCGACUUCACCUUUGAGGUACGCCGAUCGAUUCGUGUGCUUGAUGGCGCAGUUUGCAUCUUAGACGGCGUUGCUGGAGUCGAGGCUCAAACCGAACAAGUGUGGAACCAGGCUGGCGAGUGGAAGAUUCCACGCAUCAUCUACGUCAACAAGCUAGACCGAGAUGGCGCGGCCUUUGGGAGAGCUGUACAUGAGAUAGGCUCCCGGUUGGCAGUGUGGCCUGCGGUCUGCCAGAUCCCCUGGUUUGAGGGUGGAAGAGGCAGCUUUGUUGGCAUUGCCGACGUCUUGAAACUGCAGGCCAUGAAGUACGAUUUGGGCUCGGACGGGAAGCACUUCAAGAGGCUUUCGCUAAGGGAUCUUGACGCAGAGGAGCCGCAUUUGGCAAAAGAGCUCCGUCGUGCUCGCGCAGCCCUCGUUGAGCUCCUCAGUGAGCACGACGAUGCGCUGGUGGAGGCAUUCUUCGAUGCGAACGAGGACCACCUCGCCGUCUCAUCAGAAGAUAUUCUGCGCAGUCUACGCAGAUGCUUGCUGCGAGAAAAUUCGCCCGUUGCUCCAGUCUUUGCUGGAGCCAGUUUUCGAAAUAUUGGUGUGCAGCCACUGCUCGAUGCAGUGUAUGACCUGCUUCCAGCGCCCGAGGAACGACCCGAUCCAGAUAUCAGCGUCGGGAGUACCUCAGGCAGUCUCUCGCAGCUCCUGACAGGAAGUCUUUCCACCUCCGUGAUUGGUCAAUCUGCAACGAAAGGCAAGAAGAACGCAGUUCUAGGACCCGCCGUUGGUAAACAACUUCAGGGUUGCGCUUUGGCCUUCAAAGUCGUCAACGAUCCGCGCAGAGGUGUCUUGGUCUACAUUCGCGUUUAUUCUGGAUCUAUCAAGCGCAACGACCUCUUGUAUAAUACUAACCUUCAGGUUGCCGAGCGGGCAACAAGCCUGCUCCGGAUGUACGCCAACGAUGCUCAGCUGGUCGAGUCCAUCGAAGCUGGCCAGAUUGGCGUAAUUGCUGGCUCGAAGACCGCGCGCACAGGAGAUACUCUGAUCUCAUAUCAAGGCAACAAACAGGCGCCGCCUGAGCCUCUGAACCAGCUGCAACUGCGUCCCAUCCAUGUACCCCCACCGGUCUUUUUUGCUGCAAUCGAGCCGAACAGCCUACGAGAGGAAAAAGAUAUGCACGACAAGCUACAGCUACUACUGCGCGAGGAUCCGAGCUUAUCUGUACAUCAGGAUCAGGACACCGGUCAGACGUUGUUGAGUGGAAUGGGGGAGCUCCAUCUCGAGAUUGCCCGCGAUCGGUUAGUCGGUGACCUCAAGGCCAACGCUCGCAUGGGCCCCAUAACGAUCGGGUACAGGGAGACAGUCAAUAACGCAUCCAGCGCCGUGCAGAAAAUCUUCGACAACGAGCGAGCCGGUACCAAAGGUAAAGCUGGCUGCACGGCAAUGGUGUUACCUCUUGAUGAGGUCGAUCAAUGGAGUGAUCGCCCCAGCAACGUGGUGGAGCAUGAGCAAGAUGGCAAUGUGAUCGCGGUUGAUACGCCAUCACUCGACAAACGGGGCCGCCCACUCAGUUCGGACACUGUGUCGCUCCCAGGGCACCUGACACUGAGAGAGGUGCAAACGGCGUACAUCAACGGUGCACUGGCUGCGCUCUGUCGUGGCCCAGCAUACUCGUAUCCCAUGCGCAAUGUCCAGGUCAUACUCACCCUCGACCCGUCGAAUCAUAUUUUCGGUACCGAGACCACCACAGCUGCACUGUCGGCGGCGGCUCGCAUUGCCACCAUUGCUGCGUUCAGAGACUCGGUCGGCAAGUCCAAAUCAAGCCUGCUAGAGCCAGUCAUGAACGUCGAUAUCAGCGUGGAUGAUGCAUCACUAGGCAAGGUCGUGCAGGAUAUUUCCUCGAGUCGUGGAGGUCACAUCGUAUCCUUGGGCGACGAUGAGGCUGAGAAGGGCGACCACGACGAUGAUAAGGUCAGCGCAAUUGAUGUGAAGAGGAUAUAUGCUCCGAAGGACCCAUUCGAGACUCAAACAUCUGGUGCCGCGAAUGAUCUGCAGACUGUCAACAUUCAGCGGACUGUUAUAGCCAAAGUUCCGCUGAAAGAGAUGGUCGGAUACUUGAAGCACCUGCGCAGCAUGACGGGCGGCAGAGGUACCUUUGUCAUGAGUGUGGACCGCUUUGAGAAAGUGACGGGCGUCAGGGAGAAGAUGUUGCUGCAGGAAUUAAGAGGAGAGUCCUGA